CAGUGAUUUGCGUGGUGCGUGUGUGGGGUGGAUCUGCCUGACGGCCGGCCCCGCUCACCGCCCGUCGUACGACCCCCGCGUCCAUCUAUCUCUCCGUCUGAUCCGUGUGAUCCGUCUGUCGGCCUCAUUCUCUUCCAGUGGAACGUUCCGGAUUCGCAGCCCUUGGCCGCCACCGGCUUGAGUCCGUCCUCCGUAGCCGUGUUUAGCCCUCAAGCCUGUGCCGUUGACUCGCUUCGGCCCGGCUGCUGAUCUGACUUGUGGCCGGUGUGGGCGUGGUAUUGAUUGAAACCCGUGAGUGGGGCCAUGUCGGGCAUCGCUCAAGCGCGUUUGGCCGAGGAGCGGAAGGCGUGGCGGAAAGACCACCCGUUCGGGUUCAUCGCCCGUCCCACCAAGAAUCCGGACGGUACGCUGAAUCUCAUGUUGUGGGAGUACGGCAUUCCGGGCAAGAAAGGCACGCCCUGGGAGAACGGCAUGUAUCGCGGACAGAUGAUCUUCAAAGACGAUUUCCCCUCCACUCCGCCCAAGGUCAAGUUCGUGCCGCCCCUGUUCCACCCCAACGUGUAUCCCUCGGGCACGGUGUGCUUGUCCUUGUUGGACGAGGAAAAGGAUUGGCGACCCGCCAUCACCAUCAAGCAAUUGCUUUUGGGCAUCCAGGAUCUGCUGAACGAUCCCAACAUCAAGGAUCCGGCUCAGGCCGAGGCCUACACUUGCUAUUGCCAAAACCGAACGGAGUAUGAGAAACGGGUGCGGGCCCAAGCCCGUGCCAUGACGGCCGAGAUGCACUAAAGAGACCGCUCUAUCGCAUUUGUCAAACGAAGCCAUCGAAGUCGACUGAGACCUAAGAGUCUCAGGUUCAUGUUCCGUCUGUGCUUUGCGCUUUGCUGUGGCUGGUGAAAUAAACAGUUCUGUCCUUAACUAAGCCCCCCCCCCCUCUCUUCCCUCUUCCCGGCUCGAAAUAAAUCCUAUUCAUGUUGACUUCACGUUCUUUUCAG